UCCUGCCGACCCCGGAAGCAAUCGCCGUGCUCGGCUGCUUUGCUGCACAUCGUCGCUGCCAAAGUCGGGGCGAAGGGAGGGUCCGGUGUCCCCGUCCUCCUCCUCCCCGCGUCAAUGUUCUUCUCUCCCGCUUUGCUCACGAGUUUCUUGCCCGUCCUGUUGUCUCCCUGGGCGGUGACCGGGAGCAGCUCGGAGCGCCCCGCUGUCGGGAAGGAUGAAGACAUGGUGCAACUGCCUGGUGGGAAAUUGGAAUUUAGGACCCAGUUAUUGGAUGGUAAAACUGAAGACAGAUCCUUCAGGACAAUCAAACCAUUUGUUAUGGACAAGUAUCCGGUCACCAACAGAGACUUCCGGGAGUUUGUGAAGGACCAGAAAUACAACACAGAAGCAGAGGAAUUUGGCUGGAGUUUCGUCUUUGAGAAUUUUGUCCCGGAAGAGCUUAAAAAGAAAGUGACGCAAAAACUGGAGUCUGCACCAUGGUGGCUUCCUAUUGAGAAAGCAUUUUGGAGGCAGCCUUCAGGUCCUGGAUCCAGCAUCAAAGACAGACUAGACUACCCGGUACUGCAUGUGAGCUGGAAUGAUGCCCAGGCUUUUUGCAAAUGGAAAAGGAAGAGGCUACCAACAGAAGAAGAGUGGGAGUUUGCUGCUAGGGGAGGCCUGGAGAACAGAUUGUAUCCUUGGGGAAACAAAUUCCUAGCCAACCGCACAAACCUCUGGCAGGGCAACUUCCCCAAGGUUGACACAGCUGAAGAUGGCUUCCGCGGAGUAUCCCCAGUAGCAGCAUUCCCUCCUCAGAACAACUAUGGCUUCUACGACUUGCUAGGAAAUACUUGGGAAUGGACAUCCUCAGAGUAUCAUCCAAAUGGUCCUGCAUCCCGCCAGUCUGCUCAAAAGAUGCGUGUCCUGCGAGGAGCAUCCUGGAUUGAUACGGUGGAUGGCUCAGCCAAUCACAAGGCUCAGGUUUCAACCAGGAUGGGGAACACCCCUGAUUCUUCUUCAGACAACUUGAGCUUCCGAUGUGCCACCAGCCUCGUCAAGCAGCCAACGCUGGAAACUAUCAGCAAAAAGACCGAACUCUGAAGACAACACUAAACUCUUCCAAAAGACCCAGAUCUUUUCUCCUAUGGAGAUGGGUCAGCCUGCAUUUUUGCUGGCAAGGCUUCAGGAUUUUUUAAUAUGAGAUUGAUGAAGGGCAGUAUUAAUGUUUGAGCUAAAAAUGAAUAAAACCUUUCCACUGGCAGUAAUUGUAAUUAAGAUACACAGACGUUGUU